UUAUGUUCGAUAUGCUUCGUAAAGACCGAGUAAAUAACUAAAUGCUUGUUUCCAAAGCCAGCUGCUUCUGCUUUGUUCCCUCUUUCCUCUCCUCCAGGAUUUCAAAAGUCUGCUACACACACGAAGCGACUCUUCCACUUGAAAGAGAGAGAUUCUGCAUGUAAGUCUAUCUUCAACAAUCUCGACCAUAUUCAAUUGAGGUUUUUACCGGGCCAUAUUUUCGUGUUUGAAUUUUUCUCUGCUCUGUCCAUCUAGAUAGAAAGAUAGGGAUUUUAGUGAGAGAUAGAGGGUCAAACGGUUUAGGUGAGAAAAGUGCGAUGGCAGACUGAAAUUUUCAAUAUCAGCUAUUUAUUUCAGAACCCCAUUUUGCUUGUUUCCGUGAGCUUUCCAGGAACAAUCCUUUAAUGGGUAUAGAUUAAAUUUGUAGAGAUCUUGCAAUAGUUUGUUUUGGGUAUGUUAGGAGAAGAAGAUAGAGACCCGGUUGCCGGCGGUGGUACCCGGAGACCGUAUUUGCGGUCGGUUUCAUGGACUGACCGGUCUCCAUCUGAGCCUAACCAAAACCUGAACCCUAACCCUAGACCGCAGCCAAAUAGCAAAGCACGUUCGUGCUUGCCGCCGCUUCAGCCUCUUUCUAUCGCCCGCCGGAAUGUCGAGGAGUGGCCCAAGGCGGGGUCCGAUGAUCUUGGCAUUUGGCCCAAUCCCCCGCAAACCCCAGGAGGAGAAGCUAGACCCCUUGAGAGUUCAAACUCGGAACAGCCUGUGAGAGAAUUUCAGUUUAAGAGAGAUAAGCUCGCAUUUUUUGAUAAGGAAUGCUCAAGAAUUGCUGAUCAUAUAUAUUUAGGAAGUGAUGCUGUGGCAAAGAAUCGUGAAAUUUUGAGGCAAAAUGGGAUCACCCACGUGCUAAACUGUGUUGGGUUUGUUUCUCCCGAGUAUUUCAAGAGUGAUCUUGUGUAUAAGACCCUUUGGUUACAGGAUAGCCCAUCAGAGGAUAUUACAAGUAUCCUCUAUGAUGUGUUUGAUUACUUUGAAGAUGUUCGGGAGCAAGGUGGGCGAGUUCUUGUGCAUUGUUGCCAGGGAGUGUCACGAUCGACCUCUCUGGUUAUUGCAUAUCUCAUGUGGAGGGAGGGCCAGAGCUUCGAAGAUGCCUUUCAAUAUGUGAAGGCAGCACGGGGAGUGACUAAUCCAAAUAUGGGAUUUGCUUGCCAACUUUUGCAGUGCCAGAAGCGAGUGCACGCUGUGCCUGCAAGCCCGAAUUCUGUGAUUCGGAUGUAUCGGAUGGCUCCUCACUCAUCGUAUGAUCCUCUUCAUCUUGUACCAAAAAUGUUAAACCAAUCAGGGGUGCAAGGACUUGACUCUCGUGGAGCGUUUAUUGUGCAUGUUCCUUCUGCUAUAUAUAUCUGGACUGGGAAAAAUUGCAACUUGGCUUUAUCAAAUAGUGCUAUGGCAGCUGCCUUUCAAGUAGUACGAUAUGAAAGAGCUCAGGGACCAAUUGUGAGUAUUAAAGAAGGUGAAGAGCCAUCUGAAUUUUGGGAUGCUCUUGCCAAUGGGCAACACUUAGCAGAUGAUUGCGAGAAUGUGAAGGUCAAAAAGGAAGGGAACUUGUCUUCCAGAAAUGAUUUGGAUGCUGCAGCAAAUGAAGAUGAGGUUGGAGAAAGGAAGGUUGAUGACUAUAAUUUGGAUUUUGAAAUUUUUCACAAGGCACUUGAUGGUGGGGUUGUUCCACCAUUCUCAGUAUCAAAUACUAGAUCAGAAACUUGUCUCCCUGCUAGAGAAAAUGGAUGGGGGAGACUAAGACGAAAGUUUUCCAAUGGUAUCAUGAAAGAAUUUGUCACCCUCUCCAAACCGAACAGUAACAGUAUUCCAUCCAAUCUUGUAUCAAAUAUGAUUAUAGAUACACAGAAAGAAGUAGAGCACCCUGUUUGUGCGAUUGAAACUUCGCCACCAUUGUCUCCAUCCACCAAUCUGUGUGGUUCACCAGAUUCCUUUGAUUGUUUCCCAAAUACGAGCCCUGAUAGGAUUAGGGAAACUUCUAAAGUAGUGGAACACUCUGUUUCUUUUAAUGAUCCUUUCUUAUCAACCUCACCUUGUGGUUCGCCAGAUUCAUUUUCUUGUUCUGCGACUCCCACUGAUCAUUGCUUUUCACCCACACCUACUUGCGGCUCACCAGAUUCUUUUUCUUGUUUUCCUCCCAUCAGCCCAAAGUUCAGUUCCAAGUCCCCAACACUCUCACCUUCAACAUCUGAUCACUCCAGUUCAUUCACCUUUUCACCAUCAUCUUCCAAUUGGUCUGACUUGUCAUACUUGUCUUCGCAGCAGCCUUCGCCUUCUGGCUGGGAGCCAACAGAUCCAUUUGCUCGUAAGAAUGCUUCUUUCAAUUCUUGUUUACCUUACAAAGAAACUCCUCUGGCUGCAGAGCAGCUUUCUGGUAAUCAUACUUUGAGAAUGGAAAAUAUUUCUUUGCCAUAUAAAGGAACAUCCCCCUCUAUUGCAGAGCGCAGAGGGAGUAAUCCUCCUCCUCGAAUGAUGUUACCCUCAGUUGAUGAGCUACCUCAAGUCCCGAAGAAUCUGAUAAGAUCAUGGUCCUUCUCUUUACCUGACUUAGAGGAUGAUUUGAUGAAGGAUGUUGACUGCAACCAAUCAGAGCAUGAAGGCGAUAGAGAAGAGCUUAUGCUCGAUGCUGGAUUUGAAUUGCCAUGUGAGAGUGAAAAUAAGAAAGAGGAUGGAAAUAAAAUUUCAGGUGAUAUGAUCGACAAGGUUGAACAAGUUACGACCCCAGUUUUGUUACAGUGGCCUUCUAUGAAUAAAGUGGAGGUGCAUCCCUUUUGUAUUCUUAAUUCUAGAUCCGUAUACAUUUUGUUGGCUCCGGAUGCGAGUUUGGAUAGCAAUAGUCAUGUAAUCUUAUAUGUCUGGCUGGGAAGUGGAUUCUUGGAUGAGAAGAGGCAGAGUCAGAUGAUUAACACAGAUGGGGAAUGUGAUAUUAAUCAUCCUUACUGGGAGACAGUUGGCCGCAACUUCCUUAAUCAAAUGUGUUUGCCAAUGGAUGCCACUGUACAGAUAAUAAGAGAAGGUAAAGAGCCACAGGAGUUUCUGAGCCAUCUCAGCUGUUUAUCAUUUCAGAAAACAGAGGACAGCAGCCACAGUUGAGACUUGUUUGCAGAGAUGGCAAUAUUUCCAAGAAUUUGAUUCAUGGUCAAUUUUAGCCCUUGUUUGGAAUGUCAGAAAGGAUUUUGCUUGCAGAUCCGUAAUGUGAGUUGGCAUCCCGGGCAGCAUAACUGAACAUUAUCUGCUUGUGUGAUGUAUGGUAAGGAUGUGAGUUAUUGUUAUAGCAAAGCUUGUGCAUAGAACAAACCUGCUGUACACUUAGGAAUUACAAGUAAAUAGUAUCAGUUGUGUAAAGUGAAUCAAGGGACUCAAAAUAUCUCGGGAUAGAUUCUGAGUCUUAAAAAAAAUUAAAAAAUGAAAAGCAGGGAAUAUUUUUAUUAUUCCCUUUUAUAUCA